AUGCGCGAAGAGCCAAAGGAGACCAGCGGCCAGGAGCCCCUGCGGCCCGAGCCGGCAGCCGGGACCGCGGCCGGCGCCGAGGAGCGGCCGCCCGCCGGGGCGGCAGCGCGAGGGGCGCCGGCAGCCGCGGGGGCGCCGGGCGAGGUGGAGGGUGCUGCGGGCAGCCGCGGAGAUCCCAGCGCCGCGUGCGAGGCGCCGGAGUGCCCGAGCGGCGCCGGGAGGGCGCAGCGCGGCACUCGGGCGCAGGAGGCGGUGCUUGCGCGGGCGGGAGAUCCCAGCGAUGGAGGUGCUGUGGACCCUUGCCAUGGCAUCUCCGGUGACGACGAGGUGUUCUGGAGGCGCUUCUCGCCCUCCCAGGUGGACUUUGCAAGGUGA